AUGAGUUUUAAGGAACAAUUGUGUAAAUAUGGUAAGGGAGAGGUACCUGUGAAAGAUAUGCUUAAGAUGCUAAUGAGAGACACAGUUAAAGCAGAUGAAAGCAAAUUACCUCAUAUUUGUUCCCUCGACUGGGAGUUCAACUUGAGCUCCAUAUUCGUUGAAGUCAACACCCCACUGGGACCUUAUGGCACCAGGAGCACUGCUGCAUUAACUGUAAACGCAAGUGGGGAAGUAAGCUUCUUUGAGAUGUUUCUUGACAAGGACACUUGGAAAGAAAAAACUGUUAGUUACUACAUUCGGAGGCCGAAGUCAGAGAUAGAGAAUUGA